GGAAAGGCACAUCGAAGGACACUUCUGCUAGCAGGCGAAAGAAAGUUGUCGUUGGCUCCGACAAUGCUCCGCCAGCGGCUCAGAAAAUGGCAGCAGGAAAGAAAACAGUGUCGACGGUUCAGAAAGAUACGUCGCUGACGACACUGUCGACAGUUCAGGAUCCUCCAUCUGUAAAGGCAACGGCGAUUGCUCAGAAUGCGACAGCAGCGGAAACGUCUGCCGUCACAGAUGGAAGCGCUGGCACAAUCGGACAAGUUUGUGGAUCUGUAUCUAUGGGCGGCGGUGUUUCUCUACCAAAGACUCUCCCAGGAACCGUUGACAGUCUUCCAGGAGCAAACACUGCCAGUAGUGUUCCAGGAACAAACAGUUGUGUUCCAGGAACAGUUGGUGGUGUUCCAGGAACAAACAGUUGUGUUCCAGGAACAGUUGGUGGUGUUGGUGGUGUUCCAGGAACAGUCGAUGGCGUUCCCUCUCUCAGUUGUGGAAUGAAUGAGGCAGAGCAGCAGGUUGUACCUCUGCAAGAUGCAACAAACAAGAAGAAGAAAGAAGCUGGAGAAAAGAGAAAAGCGAAGACCGACAAUGGCGAAGCUGCCAAGGCCUCAAAGAAGACCAAAGCGGAGUAUCCUCCAGAGGCAGCAGCAAAGGUCCAGAUGAAGUUUGCAGAAGGAAAACUAUCAGACUUGACCAUUCCAGAGCUGAAGGGUUUUCUCGCCGAACACAAAGCUAAGCUUGGAGGAAAGAAGGAUGAGCUCAUCGCACGUGUCACGGAGAUCUUAUCCAAGUAACAUCUCUCUCUCUCUCUCUCUCUCUCUCUCUCUCUCUCUCUCUCUCUCUCUCUCUCUCUCUCUCUCUCUCGCAUGCGCGCGCUCUCACUCUCUGUCUGUCUGUGUUCCACACACAUGCACAUAAAGCACACAGACUCUUACACACACACACCGCACACAGACAUUGCACGCACUACAGUGUAUUUUUGAUUUGUCGUGGCGUUGUAGGCUGUCGCAGAGGGCUCUAAGAACAAAUUAGACCAUUGGCA